AUGUUUUGGCUGCUGUUGAUCGCCGCUUUGAUGCUGGGCUGCCAAGCUGAGCCGGCAAUGGACGAGGAUUGUGAGCUGCAUGCAUCGAAUACAAUGCACGACUUUUGCUGUGAUCUGCAUGAUGAAAAUCCACAUUUUAUGGAAUGCCAAAUAGAGUGGCAUGAGAAGAUUCACUACAUAAACGAGGAGCAGGAGCUGGAAAAUAUUUUUUGCACGGCUGAGUGUACAAUGAACAGCACUGAAUAUUUGGCUGCCAAUCGUCAGUCCUUGAAUCAUAACAAGGUGCGUGCUCACUUGGAGAUGGAGCUGGCCGAUGAGGCGGAUGAAAAGCUGCUAUAUGAAACUUAUGUCAAGUGCGACAAACAUGCACUUGAACUUUUAACGCACAAGGGCGUGCAGGCAUUGGCCAAGCGCUUGGAGGCGCAUGGCUGUCAUGUGUAUCCUGGACUAGUGAUGGAGUGCGUCUCCAACGAGAUGACGCUCAAUUGUCCGCCGAAGCGUUUCCACAACGAUGCGGCGUGCACUACGAAUCGCGACUACUUGAAAAAGUGCAUGCACUUUUUAAAAUACAAAGCUUAG